AGUCUAUUUCAAAUACUCAAAAAAGUGUUGAUGCUUUCUGUAGUAAAUCACAACCACCAUCAACUAAACAUAAAUUUUAUAUUAUUUAUUCGUGUGUAACAAGUUUAGCAUCACAGAAAUUUAAUACAAUAGUUCUUUUAGUGUCGUUCACUAAUCUAAAACUUUUUAGAAAGGACUGUCUACAGAUGAAUGUGGUCCGUGAUGAAGAAAAACUUACAACCUGCAUAAUCAGCUGUCAGUGAGAUAGAUCAUCUGUCCCUGUAAAUAUAAAAGCUAAAACAAUCACAACACGUUUUCGACUGAUAAGUGUAAAUAAUGAUGUGAAGGAAUAUACAACAAUGUGACCUCGACGCGCUUUUUAGCAGGCCCUGACGUUUAGUAGAAAUGGGAUAAUAACCUAUCAAGGUGCAAGGAGUCCAGAAUGACCGGGCUCCCGUGAGAGCACGAGGAGUAUUGCUACUAAGAACACAACCUACGGUGAAGAUGUCUGGUGACUUCCCGUUUGCGGCGAAAGUAGUCACUCCAUUGAAAUGUAAUGAGAAGCCAUGGGAUCUGUGGGUGAGUGAAAUCGGACACUUGUCUCCUCGUAGAGACAACGAUGGCACAUUUACGACCCCAGCGGCGGUGGACGGAAAGAGCUCUUCCACACGCCGCGUUCACGAAGCUCACCCUUACAAAGUCGCGGAUCGAGGCCAGGCGCGCUAUCGUCGAGCAGGCCUCAAUCGCCUUAAAUAUGAGAGUAUGAGCCUUCACGGCUUGUUCCCACAGAUGGACAAUCUCAAUGCUGCUGUGUGUCAUAUGUGUGGAGAAAUAGUGAAGUGUAGUGCUGCAUACAGACAUUUACUGGAAUCCCACAAUGGUGCUGAGCCAAUUCUUCCACCUCCACCUCCAACAGUUAAGCUAAAAUCUGUUCCUAGUAGAAGUAGACAUAAGAAGGAACCACCUACUCCACCUCCUGUAGAAAUUCACCCUAUGAAGUUGGAGAAUUCCCCAGUGCCGGCUGCUGCUCCUAUAUCUAGGAUAGUAUUGCCACAACCUGAUUUACAGUACCUGGAAGAAGCUAGUACCUCAUCGGCAAUAACUGGUGAAGUACAAAUAAGUAUGGAAAGUGGAGAGUUACCUGUUGUUAGUAUACAAGAUACAGAAGAUUUGCCCCUCGGAGAAAAUCUAACGGAUGAUAUUUUUGCAAUUAUGAACUCUGAAGGUAUUCAGAGUGCAGAUGACAUUGCAAAUGUUGCAGAUUGGAAGAGUAUAAUUAAGGAUAUACAUGAGAUUAAUUUUCCUACUUCAACAGAUACCAUACCAACACCAGAUUUGUAUUCAGCAGCAUUAGAUCCAUCUUUAACUGGAUACCCUAUACCAGAUACUGAUUUAACAAAUAUAACGUUUUCUCAAACAACUGCACCUAUGGUUGCAGUUGUAGAUAAUAUACAAAAUGCUCAAGUUGUUAAAGUACCGGCAACGCCGACUACAAAAACGCAGACGCGUAAAACGAGUAAAACGAAAUUUAACUUACGCGAAUACGAUCCGAAUAAGCAUUGCGGCGUAGUGACAGCAGAAAACCCAAAGCCUUGCACACGAUCUUUGACAUGCAAGGCACAUGCUCUUUCACUGCGGAGAACGGUGGAAGGUAGGGCAAAGCCUUUCGACACGUUAUUAGCUGAGCAUCGAGCAUCGCGUGACGCAGCGGCUGCGGGCAAUACAUAUACUCCUCCAGUCAGUCAUACUCCUGCACCGCCCGUGGCUCCUCCUGCACCGCCUACGCCUGUUAAUCUCCCACCACUUCUAGUCAAUACGUCCAUAGACCUCAGCUUGUUUAAUGGGUUAGCCACCGAGCAACAAAGCAAUGACCUCUACGCAAGUUGGCUGAAUGUAGAGGACCCAGUCCUACCUGAUACAUCCAGCAUUACCUCUCUUCUUAGUCAACCCUUACCGACUGAUCCUUUUCUGUUACCAGACGACGCAGAAAUUCCUACAGACGAUCCCGUACAUAGUAUAGCACCGGCGCCGCAACCCACUCCACCUAUUAAAGAAGAAAAGCCUGAUUGUCCACCUAUCUUGAUUCCCAGUGAUGUGUGCUGGUAUAGUUCGUGUCCUCGACCUCUUGCUCUAUGCACAUUUAACGCUUCUCACGCAGGAAGCGCAAUUACUUUAGGUAAGAAAUUUGCAACUGUGCGUAGCAACAUUAAGUCAUCAUUAACGCGAUCAACGAAAGCCUCUGGUGUGACGAACAAUUUUUAUAAUCAGAGUUUAUCUCUAACAAAGACCCUACACCUGAAUAACACUAAUAAACCAAACAAACCUGAAGUGCGCAAACUAAUAGUGACAUGUUCAAAUAGUAGUGGUAAUAAAGAUGUGCAACAGACGUUUAGUGAUUUGUUUGCUGGUGAUGUGCGGCAUACUUUAAAUGGACACAUAGGACACUCGGAACGCAAGCCUCGCGCUUCCUCUAUAAAAGCAGCCAAGCGGCCCUCUGGAGCGAUGCUAGACCUAGGUUUUUCCUUUGACCCAUUGCUGGCUGAUGAAAAAUGCUGAACAAUUUAAGCAAUCACUGGUUGUGUAGUCACAUAAUUGUAUAUUUAUUUUUUUGUAAAUCGGACUGGCAUUGUAAAUGUUCAAUAAUCACGAAUUUUUAUCCCCUAAUGGAAUAUGAAUGUAAAGAUGUUGUAAAAUCUCAUUUUUCUCUAAAAAGAACUAAUGUUUGUAUUAUUUUGUAUAUUAUUUAUAAGAUUUUUUUAAUUGGUUUCCAGUUACAACACUGGUAAAUCCAAUGGAGAAUUAUGAAAUAGAUUAUGCAGAAUGGUUGUAUUUUUUUGAUAUGACAUUGUUAAUACUGAAUAAUGAAAAAUGGCCUAGGAUAAUGUUUAAUGUGAUGCAAAUUUCCAUGUAAAAAUAUAAAUAUUAUUAAAUUAA